CCGCGUGUACACACACCCCGGGACGGGCCCGGGUCUCGUCAACAUGGCGGCGCAAGGCACCUCCUCGGUCUCUUCACCAAACGCGUCUCCCACCUCCGUGUCGCCGCCGACCCCGCCCCUGCCCUCUACUGCGAUUUCGAAGUCGCCCCUGGAGUCGAAGGCGAGCUCUCUGAGCCCACAGCCUCGCUCGGCCGGCCACGAGGACUUGUUGCCCCUCGCAGUAUUUUAUGGGCCGCUGGACGCAAAAAACCCACUCCUGGCCACCUGUGAGAAGGAGAUUCAGGAGUUGCUAGGCUUCAUGAAGAGAAAGAAGGCUUUAGCUACAACGGAGGAACAGAAAUAUGAGUUCCACCGGCUUUGUGCCACCUCUUUGUUUAAUAUCUGGACCAAAUACAACCCCCGGCUGCCAGCUGCCUAUUACAACGAGAAGCUUCUGAAGGUUGGAGAUAGCCUUUGUGAAAUGAAAGAAUAUAAACUGGCCCUUUUGCAGUGCUAUGGCAGAUAUCUUCAGCAGUUCAGCAUCAACUUUGAUGAGACUAAAGCAGACGUGAAUCAGUUCAAAGCUGUAUUUUUCCCAAAAGGCUUUGGAGACAAAACCGCAGCACAUACAUUUCAUGCUUUAAAUGGCAAAAAUAUUUGCAACUACCAGUUGGUCUGUGACAGUGAUGUGAACCUGCAGAACAAAGAUUCUGUGCUCCAGUGUCUGCAAAUCUUGUCCUCCUUCCGGCUCAUCAUGCAGGUGGCUUUGCCACAGGAGCACCUGUGCUGGAUUAUCUUCAAUGGUACCAUUUACAUUUACACUAUUUGCAGAAAAUUGAUGAUCAGAGGUCAUUCUUCCAAGGCCUUGGAAUACCUCCUGUGGGCCAGUGUGUGUAUGGAGUCCUCGGUGCCUCUCCUGUCCGUCAGGUACUUGACGUGGAGAGCGACUCUCUACACAGCUGUCUGCCAGUGCUGCUAUGACUGCCAAGCUGGCGUUCACGGAGAGGCAUUUGCUCGUCGUGCUUUAGCUAAAAUUGAUGAGUUACGGCAACUGGAAUUAAUGAGUUCCUCACAACCACAGGAAGAAUCCAGAGAAUAUUAUAGAGAGGCCACAAUAAAGAUGGCAGUCAUGAUCUUCAAAAGAGGAGUAUUUGAAUCUAGAAGAAAAAACAAAAGUUUCUUUAGACCAAAGAUAAGAGUUAACAUAAAGGAAGCACAAACUAUGCCAUGGCCACGUACGGUCACAGAAAAGCUGUUGGAAGAGUUGUUUGAUAGCACUGCCUCCCGCUUUCUGGCUGUCUUGGAAGCUCUCUCUGACUCAAAUCGGCGAAUACUACAGACUGGACCUGUUUUUACAGAAGAAGUAGAAGUUCGUGAUGUUGUCUCAGAACUGUUUAUGGCAGGAAAAGAACUUUUAAUAAUGUCAAAUACUGGUGCAGAUGGGAUACUUGAUUUUCCAAAAGCACGUCUUCUGGAACUUAUUAUAAAAAGGAAGAAUCUUAUUUCUGUGAAUGCUGCCGUGAAAUUUAUAAAAUUAGCUUUUAUGUAUGAGGAAUGGAGUUUAUUUGAAUCUGCAGCUGGGCAGCUCAUUGAUUUUCUCCAGAGGCAGGAUGAGCCAGAGUCAAAGAAAGCGGAAAAGGAUUUACUACUUCUUGUUGCGAUAGAACCUUUGAUCAAUGUAAAGAGAAACAAAGGUUUGAUCUUUCCUUUUGACAACUACAAAGAAGGUCAAGUCUAUGUAAAAAAAAUUGCUGUUCAUGAUACUUGUGUGAAGUCUUAUGGAUACUCAGAAGACAUUUUCCGUUUGGCAACAACCUUGUAUUCCUGUGUCUGUGACUCUCCACAGAAUGCUCAGCCGGAUAAGGAAAUUGUUGUGGACAUGAUAAUGUUCCUGUGGCAGAAAUGCAAAUUAGGGAUGCAGCGGGUCACUGUGUCCAGAAAUGACUAUGCAAAGUUUACCCAGAAGAUCAGCACUAAUAAAUGGAUUUAUCUUCUGUGGCAGAUAAAUGAAAUCAUUCACUGCUAUAAGAUGGAAGAUAUUGAUGUUGUGAUGGUGGCAGAGGUCACGUUACGAUUAAGUGAAAUAUUGGAGUCUUUAGGAAACCCAAGAAGAAAAUUUAAAAAAUUUCUAGAUGUAUCUUUAAGGAAAGGGACUAGUGAAAUCCUUGGGGCUCCGAAAGGGACCAUAGAUAUUCUUCCAAUAAUAAAGAAAAAACCUGAGGAACAGCUAUUUUUGGCCUAUGAACUUCUUGACAGAGCCAUUGGUGGCAUCAAUUUGAGCUGCAUGUUAACCGCUUUGCCGAACGGAUCGUCAGUGGUUGACCAUUGCUAUGCCACGCACACCCACUGUAUAGAUGGAGACAUGUGCAAACCAGUCACACCGAAUAAUUUCAUAAUGGACUUGCAUCUUGAGCUAAUUCAAGCCCAGCACCGAGUAUCUGUUAUGCUUCUUGACCAGUUGCAAGUUUUGCAGACUCCAACUGUGAGCAAGAGUACAUCUACCAAAGGUACAGAGACACUAAAAAAAACUGCAAGCCCUGAUUGUUUUACAGAAUUAAGUGUAAUGAAUAAAAUAAGGAAGAAUAAGCUAUCUAAAGCAAUUUAUUUGAUGCAGAAAACUCUUCUAAUGUUUGAGAACGAUGCGACCUGUUCUUCUCUACAGAACUACUUGACGGAAGCAUAUUCUUUGAUUGAGAAGACCGAAGCAGAACAAAGUAUACAAUAUUCAUAUCAGAAAUAUGUGGAAACUGCCGAAAGAAAGAAAAGCAGGGUCCCUCCUCCACCCAUCCUGCUGUCCCGAACUUACCGUUCUGUGACAUUAAAACCUGCCCCAUUUGUUUCUGAUGUUAAGGUCUGCUGGUACUGCAUUUUGGGUCGCAAAGCGGAAGGAAGCUAUGGAAAAGUAAGACUAAAUGAUAAUCAUCUCCCAAACUCAGGAGAAGCGAUACCAGCGGAUGGCAAAAGCGUUUUUGAGGUGAAAGGUUUAGAAACCAAUGAAAAAUACGUCUUUGCAGUUGCGGCUUACUGUUCUAGUGGAAAGCUGAUUGGUGAUGCUAUUGGCGAGACAACUAAACCAAUUCUGAUUUAUCCACCUCUUUCUGCUGUUACUACUCGGAUGUUAUUGACGCAGGUCGCCUAUCAGACUGGUAACUAUGAUGUGGCUAAGAAAGUUUUCUCGCCAGUCUGGGAUUAUUUUGUUGCUUCACCACCUCAGGGUGACCAAUCCAUUAUUUGUUUAAGCAAUAUAAUGACUAUUACACAGAGAAGAUUACAUUCAGAUAUUUUGGCAGAGAGUUCUUCAAUUCUCUUAUAUCUUUUUCUUAGAAAUAUUUUUGUAACAAGUGACAUUAAAAUUAAAGAAGAAAAUUUUUUCUGUGAUAAUAUUAAAGGCAAUGAGAUUUUCCCUUCUCAACAAAUUGCUAGACUAAUUGAAUGUGAGAGAGUAUUGGUGGCAUUGGAACUGAGCAACUACCUAAAUGAUUCCAGUUAUGCCCUUCAGGCUGUGACUCAGUGUUACGGCCUCCUUGCUCCUAUCAUUUAUCACAAUAUUGUUUUGGUACCUGUUGUACAGAUCUUGAUAAAGUGUGUGGUGGUUUUGCAAGGACUACCAAAUGUCAUCCAGUCAAAGAAACAUCUUGCGAGCUUUGAAAGUGUACAGCAUAUGAUAGCUUGCUGUAUCUUCUACAUAACAAAGAUCCUGCGUUCAUGGAAGGAAUAUGACCUGGCAGUAAUGAUUAUAAAUUAUGGAAAGAAGGUGUUGGACAUCUCAUCAGGUUGCAAAUCUCUAUUUGGUGCUACAGACCAAGAGGAAAUGCAAGAAGAGGCUUCUUCCAAGAAGUCUUACAAGAAUAAGAAGGCACAGCAGGUAUUAGCACCUGAAAAAAUAAAUGAACAGCUGGUUUUAUUGGAGACACAUCUACUCAAACUGACAAAGCAAUAUGUUACAACUGAACUCUCAGGAGCAGAAGAUCCCAUAUUUCUUUACCCUAUAGUUUUAAACUGGUCGGUCAAAGGUGCUGUGAAAGAAGUUAUGAAAUUUAAGCAGAGACCUAGAUUCCUGGAAUUCUUUACACAAGUUAUGCAAAAAUGUAUGCAUGAUGAAAAAUUUCAACUUAUGGUGGAGAUAACAAAUCCCAUCUAUGACUUCUUGAAAAGGAGGAAUGAGUCCCUUCUCGGAAUGAAAAAAAAGAAAUACAAGGAUACUUCUUUGUCUAGAAAGGUCAUCAAACCUGUGAAGAAAUACAGAGCUGCAGUAGUGGAGAUCGGAAAAACUACAGAAAUGAAGCCAAAAAAGAAAUCUAAAAGAAAGGAAACUCUAAGAGAAUUUUUGAAUAAAAACCCUUUUAUUUCUGAGAUGCCGGAGCAUGAAAGAAAUAAGAGAGCUGAUGUUCGAAAAGCAGCAUAUCGAUUCCUGGUGGAAAACUUGAAUCCUUUAAUAUUAAGUUAUGUUAAAAAGAAGAGGUUCCAUCAAAUAUUUCUUGAGGAGAUGCCCUGGAAAGCUCAGAUGAACCUGUAUCUGGCAAGCGCACACUUCAGCCUGCUUUUAACAAAGCUAGGGGAACGUACAAAGAUAAAAUUUGGUUCUUCACCGAUAAUGGUCAGUUUCCGAUCAUGUGACCCUACUAUGUUCUCACUGUAUAAUUCAGGAACAGUAUUGCCAACAGGAAAAUUGACUCUAGAAAACUAUAAAGGGAUGCUUGAUUUCCUUCUUACAGCUAAAAAAAGAAAGGCUCACUUACCAUCAGAUGCUGAAGAAUUUUUGGCAUUUCUUAAUUCCAAAAUGAGUGAUGAAAAUGUUUCCAAGACCCGAACGGUUUAUGAAUCAGACUCUCAGUCGGGACUUAGCAGUAAAGAAAAGGAUCGAUCAGCAAAUGUGGCUCUCUUGGAUCAUUUUAUGAAAAUCUUUUUAUAUUGCAGGAGAGCAAUGGUUCUUGCUCACCGUGGUGGCUAUUGGACUCUGCUUCAGAAUUGCUGUCGGGCCCUUUGGAACUUUACUCAGGAGCUACAGAUACUGCAUAAACAAGCAGUGGAUCUGUAUAAGACAUUUCCUAUUAGCCAGGAUAGUUUCCUCUGUAUCUCUGUUUUACCAUUCUAUUUGGGAGCAGAAUUACUUAUUGACAUGUUAAUAGAACUACAGAAUACUGAUUCUAUUAAGACUAUUGAUGAAAAAGGAGAGUUCAGUGUUCCGAGUUGCUAUGGAAAUAUUAAAAAUGAUAACGGUGGUUGCAGCCUUACCUUUGAGCAUCCUCUGGAUGACGUCAAUGUGGUCGAUUUGAAAUGGAUCCACGACUUUGUAUUAAAAUCUCUGGAACUCGUCUAUCAAGUAGAAAAAUGGGAAACACUCGUAUCACUUGCCAUUCAGUUUAAUACAGUUUCGCAUGAAAGAUAUACAGAGCAAGUGACUCCACUCCUGGUUUACGCUCAGCGCCAGCUUCUACUGCAAAUAUCCAAGUGCAAGGGCCCAGACAUCAGCCAACAGGCUUGUGUAAGAUAUGAGGCUGAAUACAAACAGAAGGUAACCUGCCGAAAUUUCGUUGGGAUACAGCUCAAGAUUAAUCCUCCAGCCAAUAAAGUGACAGUUAUAGGACAGCGAACAGAUGUCCUUAAAAAGCUUAUCUCUUCAGAAUACAGCAGAGCCAAAGAGCUCCUCUGCGUGCCUGUGGACGUGACAGACACUCUGAGAUGUUUUAGAGAGACCUUGGAAAAAUCCAAAUAUCACAACAGAUCAAUCCGGCACAGCAGAAAGUUGCUUUCGUUAUUUCUCGCACAGACACAAGGAGACAAAGGAGGAGUGAACAAUUUGAAAUUUUCUCCUGGGAAGGUGGAGUUCUCCCUGGGGACGGAAGAGAUGCACAUGCCGACGCCCCCCGACCUUUCUCAGGAGCACUUCCGAGUCUUCAGCUCAGUGGAGAAGAGCGGGCUUCCCUCCUCACAACUUGGACUCGUGAUUUCUUCUUAUUAUGAAACUAUCAAUGUUCUUCAAACCAGCAAUCAAAGAAGUCUUAAUGUGCAGGCAUUGCAUGAACUUGGAAAUCUUCUCAUCUUCGCACAAAAGAAAAGGGCUGCUUUUAAGUGUUGGAGUCAGGCUCUGGAUAAUAUUUUCAGAAAAGAAGAUGUGCUCCAUACAUGGAAGGAGCUUGGCAGCUCGCUCACCAAUGCCACUGAUGGCCAGUCACCUCCAGGUUCCAAAGACUACAGUGAGGAGCUCCUGUCCAAAGGCGGCAUCUGGGGGUGUUUGCAGGGAGCGGUGAUAUCAGCAAAGAUAGCACAAUUUAUUCAGACAUUGGACGUUGAAAAGAGAACCAACUGUUGCCUUUUAUCAGCAUUACUCUUUCAGGGUCUGCUUAGAACCACACUGCCACAUCCUAAAGCUGAACGUUGCUACGCUCAAUAUGAAAUCACUCAGCUUCUCCCAGGCAUCGAGCUCUUCUCAGACAGAUACCGGGCUGACAUCUGCUCCGUCAUUGCAAGUCUGUAUUACGUCAUCCGUGAGCUGCACUUUGCUAAGCAAAAUCUAGUAAUUCUGCCUCUUCUUGCAUUGUACCAAUAUUUUGUUUCUGUAAUUUGCCAAGACCUAGUCAAAAAUCUGGAAGCAAGAAUCCUCAAGAUAGAAGUCCUUACAGAUUUAGGAUUCUUUUCCGAAGCCUUUCACGAGCUAUCCCAGAUAUUUUAUGCGAAAAACAUGCCUUCUUCAGUACCCACUGGCUGUAAACCUACUGGAAAAAUGAAGCUAUUUCAAUCAUUUGACUCGGCAAAACCUCUUAUUAGUAAAGAAAAUAUGCAGGCACUUGAUGAUUUAAUAAAUAAAGGCAUGCCUCUAAUUCUGGUUACAAUCAGCCAGCAACAUCUCUUAAAUAAGUUUUUAUUUGCUAAAGCAUACUUUUUCAUAAAUGUGGCUGCAACAAUAAAUUGUGUCCCAGAACAGAUAGUGAAACCAGUCGGCCAUGGAGUUAUGAAUGAGAAAAGCAGACCAAAUCUUCCAAACUUGAAAGAGUUGUGUUUAAAGGACGAGGGAGGCUCACUUUAUCAUCUGACAAAAUUGAAAGAGAACUUUGCUCUUAGCACACUAAAGUCAAUUUUACUGGCAGAAGCUGAAGACAAGCUCAACACCCUUCUGCCAGAGAUGGAACAUCCAAGCCAUAAGGACCUCUCUCAGUGUUCUGCUGGCGAGCUGGAGAUUGUGGUGGAGGCCAGACUGCAGCUGGCUGCCAUCGCCCUGCAGAGACACCGGGCAGCAUACAGUGCUGCGAUAGUAUUUUCCACACUUAAACUUCUCCAGGAUUCAAAACUUUUUAAAAAGAAGGUAGUAGAAGAUGACUCAGAGAAUGGCACCUCUCCAGGAAGUUAUGCGACUGAAAGUAAAGACGACAAUUUUUUAGAUCCUAUUUCCCUAAAUUCUCGAGAAUAUUUCAACAUUCAUCUGUGGUUGAGGUGCCGCUUAGCCUUGGUGACUGCAUUUGUUGCCCAGAUUCGUGGCAUUGGAAUCGUGAAAGAAAACGAUAUAACAGAUUAUGUGAGCCUUAUCAAUGAAGUGUGUGUGGAGGCAAAAGCUGCAGGUGACAGGGAGCUGCAGGCUGAAUUCUUGAUGCAAGCUGUAAUUAUCGGCCUACAAGAAAAGCAUUUAAAGGCAGACAUCAUAAAAAGCCUUCAGGAGGUAAUACAGUUGCUUGAAGGACAUGACUUCAUUUCUCCUCGAUCUCAUUUGACCUUGGUGAGAAGCAUGCUUUUGCUGGAUGAUUUAACAAAAGCUGAGAAAUUCAAGGAAACUCCUUCUUCGAAAAUAGAAAAAUUGUAUUUGUUGACUCAGUCUCACAGCAUUCUUAUAGAACAGAUGAUAAGUUUUGGAGAAACAAUUGAAUUGCCUUCAUCAAACACUGACUAUGCAAGUCCAUUACUGCCUUUGAAAAAUAUUUAUCUUCCUCAUGUCAUGUUAUUGGCCAAAACAAAAAUGAGAAUUGGACAUACAGUGGCCAAGCAAGUAUAUUAUACCAGUAAAAAGAAGGAUUCUUCAAAGUGGUUACCUGCCCUUCAUUUUUUUGAAAUAGCUUUGAAGCUCGCUAGGACAUCAGGAACAGAAGAACAUGAGGUGGAAGCUGAAAUCUUUUUUCAGAAAGGCAAAAUAGAAUGUCAAAUAUUGAUGGAAGAGAAACCUCCAACUUUGCAACUUGAGAGUCUGUUUGAAGCUAUACAGCUAAGCUUGAGACAUGAUCAAAAUUCAGGGUUGAUAAGAGACUCCUACCUUGAAAUAGCCUUAUUAUUUUUACACAUGAAGAAGUCAAAGAGCAAACUUUCAGUGUCACCAUUGACGAUUAUUAAGGCUCUUCCCAGAAGGCAUAGUUCUAUUAAAGAACCAAUAAUAAAUAAACAUGAAAUGUACAGUUCAUUUGCCUGGAUUGCAAUAAGAGCUGCUGCACAGGUCAGUGAGGCUGUGCUGGCAAUUAAUCUACUUAUUGGAAAGAAGAAUGCUAGAACUGAUAAAGUUAGCCAAGGGGCAUUAUCAAAUAUCCCAGAAUUUGCUUCCAUGGAUCUUUUGUCUUCAUACACAGAUUAUUUACUUGAUAACUACCAAGUUGUCUUCCAGAGUGGCUGUACAUUUUCUUACCUUAGUGAAGAGGUAUAUGAGGAUGUAGAUUCUCAGAAAAAAAACCCAAUUAAAGUGGAUAUUACAUGGAUUCUUCUGCUGCGCUACUAUAUUCACCUACAAAGAAUUAAUAAUAUGAGCAAAUUGCUAGAACUAUUUCAAGUCAUGGAAAAUCCACCUGUUCUAGAAAAUGUCUUAUAUGAUUCAGCAAGCAAGACAGGAGUACCUGAUGCUUUUCUGCACUCUGAUUUCUCGUUAAAGACCAUUACCAGCACACUGUAUGGAGAUGUGGUGCCAUCAGUCGUGGCAACACAAGCUUUAAACAAAGAGCUUUGCUUUCAGUGGUACAUUCCUCCCCUGGUAAAACCUCCAAAGGAAACAGAACCUAUGGUUUUAUUGUUGUAUGCAUAUAAUAUGAAGCCCCUGAAUAUUUCUGAUGUUGCAUCUACUGCUUGCAACAGUGUGUAUGUAGGCUCUUUCUGGGUUCCACUCAAAAGAGUUAUUUCAGUUCAUGAGAAACUAUCUAAUCUUGCACAAAUUGCUGAAAUAUCAUUGCCAACAACUCCUAAAGUUACUUCAAAUGAAAAUUUACGUGAAGUAGAGGAAACAGAAGAGCAAUCAGUUGAUGCAGAAAUGGAAAACAUGAUUAUUGUCUGUUGCAAUGAAAUAGUAUCCUUGUUUUUGAGUGAUGAAAUGGCAACUCCACUAUCUGAGGUCCCAUUUGAUGUCUCGCUGCCAUCUAUAUUCAGUCUGGAGAGACUUUUUGAUCUUGCUAGUGGCUGUAUCGUAUCGGGAGGAAGCCUUUUCAACUGGAUGGUGUCAAUUAUUCCCUGAACAUCCUUUGUAUGUUAGCCUUAUAAAGGGAUUGUUAUUGCUUUACUUGGUUUGUAAUAAACUUUCAGAGCUAUCCUCUUAUACUAAGCAAAAUAAAAUUGCUUUUUUACACAAGCUAAAUUUAUCUAAAAAUCAUAGUUAUGAGUAAUGUUUUCAGUGAUAUUUGAAUUAAAAUACAAAGCUGUUGCUUAUUAAAAACUGUCUUACA